AUGAGGACAUUCGUCGUCGCCCUCGCGGCGCCCGGCGCCGGCGCGUCGCUCCUCCCCGGCGGGUCGACGUCGCGCGCCGCGGCGCCGGCGCCCGACGAGUUCUCGUCGACGUCCGCGGACGCGCCGCGGCCGAACAUGCUUUUGACCGUCGUCGACGACUGGGGCUCGGGCGACGUGUCCUACAACGACGCCGCGCUGCACACGCCCGAGCUCCAGCGCAUGAGCGAGCACGGCUUCGUGCUCGACAACUUCUACGCCGCGCCGACGUGCACGCCGUCGCGCGCGAUGCUCAUGACGGGCCGCUACAACAUCCGGAACGGCAUGCAGGACAGCGUCAUCCACUCGACGGAGCCCCGGGGCGUGCCCCUCGACGAGCGCUUUUUAUCCCAAAAACUGAGCGACGCGGGCUACCGCACGGCCGCGAUCGGCAAGUGGCACCUGGGCAUGCACCGCGACGCGUACACGCCGCUGAAGCGGGGCUUCGACCUCUUCUACGGCAUCCUCACGGGCGGCGGCUCCCACACGGGCCACUUCUCCAAGGGCGACGACAAAAAGGGCGACGACAAAAAGGACGCGAAGAAGGACGACGCGAAGAAGGGCGGCGCCCACCGCCGCCUCGCCGCCUCGGGCAAGGCGCCGUGGUUCGUCUACCUGAGCUACCAGGCCGUCCACGACCCCGUGACCGUCGGGGACGACCGCUACGUCUCGGAGACGGCCGCGAUCUCGACGACGAACCGGCCGACGCUCUGCGGCAUGAUCGCGGAGAUCGACGACGGGCUCAAGACCCUGCGCCUGAGUUUGGAGAACGCGCAGGCCUGGGCGCAGACGAUCUUCGUCGUGCUCAGCGACAACGGCGGCGUCCGCGCGCACGGCUCCGCCAACUACCCGCUCCGGGGCGAGAAGGCCCAGUACUACGAGGGCGGCGUCAAGGUCCCCGCGGUGCUCGCGGGCGGCUACGUCGAGGAGGCGCUCCGCCGCGCGGGCGGCGCCGAGCGGCUCCGGUCCGCGUCGCUCGCGCACAUCACGGACGUCCACGCGACGUUCCUGAGCCUCGCGGGCUACGAGGGCGGCGACGACGACAAGCCCCUCGACGGCGUGUCGCUCUUCUCCCACCUCGUGCAGAGCGCGUCGGGCGUCGCCGGCGCCGCGCCGCCGCGGUCCGACGUGCUCAUCAACAUCAACAGCGCGCUCUUCGCCGGCAGCGGCGCCAUCCGCGUCGGCGACCACAAGCUCAUGGUCAACCCCGAGCCCAACGAGUCGUCGAUCUACAGCAAGGUCCGCAAGGCGCUCGCGGCCCAAAAGGGCGCCGUGCCCACGGACACGUUCCAGUCCAUCGUCGCCCAGGCCCACAAGGACGCCCUCGGCGCGCCGUCCAUCUCCCUCUUCGACCUGAAGAAGAACCCCUACGAGCGCACGGACUGCGCGACGUCGGACCCCGCGGAGUCGUGCAACCUCUACGACGUCGCGGCCUACGCGGACCAGGAGGCCCAGCCCUCGACCUUCGCCUGGGAGGACGACGGGCCCCUCGCGGACCCGGCGCUCUUCGGCUCCGUCUGGGCGCCGUGGCGCGACGGCGACGACACGCCCAAGGCCCACUACUUCGGGCUCCUCGCCAUGGAGAAGGACGGCGACGCCGCCGACGCCGCCGCCGCGGACGACGCGAAGGACUUCGCGGCGCGCUACCAGGCGACGGAGAGCUCGCUCGCCGUCGACGCGCGCGCCGUCGCGGCCGCGCCCGCGGGCCUGUCCACGGGCCUCGUCGCGCUCGUCUCCUUCUUCGUCGGCGCCGUCCUCUCGAACAAGCUCAUGGACCCGCGCAAGCGCGGCCGCGUCGAGCUGCCCUGA